GUUGCGUCACGAACAGCCGAAUAAGAGGAAACAAAUCAAGAGGGGACGUAGAUGGAUCUUCGGCUACGAAUAUGAUAAAAUACUAAAAUACUAAUAAUUAAUGUAUAUGCCUUCGGAACUGCAGAUGAUCCCUGGUGACGCUGGAUACGAAAUACAGUGAAAGACUGUCACGGUAAUGAUAUUCGUUUGAAGUACUGUAGGAUUUAAAUUAUUGUAGGACAUGAUAUACUUGUUUAAAAAGACCACGUUUGCAAUUUAGCCUGCUGUUUGUAGGCUACAGUUAUGCGUAUUACCGAAUUGCGCUGUUCUUCAGAACUGUUUACACACCAGAUCCGGCACGCAACGCAUUCCUAUUCAUUUUCUAUCUGCAUGCGGUGCGGUGCGUGAAGUGUGCGAUCAACGGUUCUGUUUUGCAUAUAGUGAUCUGUCCAUGCAAAUCAACUACGUCCAGCGCAUGGCUCACACAACUAUGAUCAAACUUUCAAACUAGGUGUUACAGAUAAAAUAUGAAUCAAAAUUCAGAAACUGCAUUGCUUAUGUCUCGCCUCAAAUGUUUUCACAAACAUAUUUUAAUGAACUAUUUACAAAAAAGUUUAUAAACGGUUUUUCUACGUUACACUAUUGACAUUUGGCAGACGCUCAGGAUAAGAGCGCAUAUCAAAGUGCAUACCCAUUACCAGGGACUAGUUUUGGCAAAACAAACGAACGCAGUGCUAUCCAAUCAGGUGCCGUCAGUGUUCUGCGGUAACUACGUCCCUCUUCGUAUUAAUCUCUUGGAGCCAUCUAUAAAACAGAACCCACCAACAGUACCGCCCAUUAAACAGACAACUUGGAGGAGAACUCAUGAUUGUAACAUAAUGUUUCCUCCCAGACUUCAUGCUCCAAAGAUACAGAAACUAUUUUAAACUUAUUUCUCAUGCUGUUAUACUAUUUCCAAAUAUUAACAUUUUUCUAUGGAAAAGAUACAACUGUGUAGCUGUUAAAUUAAAAAUGGAUCUGUGUUCGAUCAUGGGAAUGGGACAGCUGUUUCUGAGGCAGAAUAUAGGCAUACAUAUCUGUUCCUCAAUCCUGUCUGUUCCGUGUACUCUCUUUUUCAGUACAAGAAGCAAAGAAAACUUGCCCAGAACCAGGGGGAAAACAGAGAGACAGCGGAUCGAGGAGACAGGAGGUUGGGAGAAGGAGAGAGAAUAGAGGGAGAGGGAGAGAGAUAGAGGGAGGGGGAGAGAGAAUAAGGGGGAGGAGAGGUGGAAGGUAUUCAGAAACAGCAUUCCAGUGUUCAUUUCGCAAGUGGCUCCUGCACCUCACACCUGAGCGCAGUGUAGCCAGGUCUGUCAGUAUUACCUUGAGAGACACAGGUAGCACCCCAGCCUACCUUCCCUUAUCUUACCUUACCUACCCCCCUGACCCACACCCAAGGGGGAAAAGCCCAAGUGGACAGAGAGGGACGAGAGAGCGCAGAGAGCAUGCCGGGACGUCAGGGCGGAGGUGGAGGGCGGAGGUGGCUGACGCUGGUGUCGGGGCUGGUGGAGUGCCUGUGUUUCGCAGGGCUGGUCUUCGGUUGGGCCUCCCUGGUGUUCGUCCUGAAAGAGGACGGCUACUUCAACGACGGCCACCUCAACACCACUGGAGCCAACAACAGUGUGUUCAGAGAUGACAGUGAUCUCGAUGGGCAGUUUUCCAUGGUCUUCACCGUAGCCUCUUUCUUGAAUAACUUCUUCAUGCUGCUCAUCGGCCCUGUGUUCGACCACUUUGGCACGAUGGCAGCCAGACUCCUGGCCAUAUCUCUGUACACCACUGGCACUCUGAUGGUGGCCUUUUCCACUGCAGCCACAGCCAGAGUGCUCUUCCCGGCGCUGUCCUUCAUGAGCAUUGGAGGAAUGUUGUUCCUUGUCACCAACAUGCAGGGCUAUCCCCAGGUAAGGGGGUGUAGCAGGGCAGCCUCACUGUUCUUCUGCCCCCCUAAGGUGGGGAACUUGUUCGGAUCUCACCGCUCCACCAUCAUCACGUUGUACAACGGAGCCUUUGACUCUUCCUCUGCAGUCUUCCUCAUCAUCAAGGUGCUGCAUGAACACGGUGUUUCUCUGCGCUCCUCCUUCCUCUUCAUGUCGUCCUGCAGCAUCAUCCACCUCCUCCGAACUUUCUUCCUCCUGCCCAAGACCCACAUCCCCCACCCCCUGCCUGAGAACUACACUUAUGGGCUGAGCUGUGGCAAAUCAGGGAGCUCCAGUAAAGAUGGAGCUUGGAGGUCAGGUGACACGGGAGGACACAACAGCAUACCGUUCCAGCCAGAAAACGAACUGCAGUCGCAGAGCUCAGAGGAGAGAGAUCCCAGUUUCAGGAGCUGUGUCCUGUCCUGGUUCUUCCUGGGCCACCUGGUCUGGUUCUCCCUCUUACAGGUGCAACAUUACCUGUUCAUCGGGACUCUGAACCCCACGCUGACCCGCCUGGCACAUGGAGACCACUCCCUUGUGAGCAGGUACACCAAUGCCUUCGCCAUUGCACAGUUGUGUGGGGUUCUCUGUGCUCCCUGGAACGGACUCAUCAUGGACAGAAACAAAGGCAAGCAGAGAGCCCCAGGAGAGACGGAGAAGGAGGCAGACCUGCGAUCCUCCGCUCUCUCCCUCUUCACCACUUCUCUCCUGUGCCUCCUCUUCUCCGUCUGCGCCUCCAUCCCUGUGCUCCCUCUGCAGUACCUCACCUUCUCCCUGCAGGUCGCCAGCCGCUCCUUCCUGUACGGCGGGAACGCCGCCUUCAUCAGCAUCGCGUUCCCUGGGCACCAUUUUGGGAAGCUCUACGGCCUGGUGAUGUGCCUGUCAGCCGUGGUGUCGCUGCUGCAGUACCUCUGUUCCGCCCUGGUCAAGGGGCCCUUCCACGGGGACCCCCUUUACGUGAAUAUGGGCCUGACUGUGGCCGUCCUGCUGACAUUCUCUCACUCUCUGCACGUGUUCCUGCGCACCAAACGCCCUCGCCAGACUUUGAGCCACGGCCCAUCAUCCCUCAGCACUUCACUUUUCUGAAGGCGACUGCUGUCUUUUCCUUCUACCUCAGGUUCUGGAUCCUAUAAAGCGCCUCAACUGGCUUCCUCUCCUUAUAGCUCAUCUGGUUGGUUCUGAAUUUCAGUUCAUUUAGUUUUGUAAGUUAGGGUGCACAGUUAGUAACUUAUGAGAUCAUCUUGCUGCUCUUAUUGAGCAUCCCUCCCUCACUAGUAUCUGUCCUGGACCAAAGACUUCAGACCCUUCCUCCAUCCUUCCUCCAUCAUUUAUGGAGAAGGAUUUUCUCCCCAUUUUUUAGCUUGUGUGUUUGCCCUUAACUUUGUGCCCUUCUAUUACUCUGUAAAGCAUUGUUGGGACAGUCUUCUGUAAAAAGCGCUAUAUAAAUAAAAUUGAAGUUUGUAUUCAU